UCUGAUCCGCACACCAACACAAACGCCAUCUUUAGCCGACAAAGUGCUGUACUGAAGCAGAGUUGUGGUUCGAAACUAGGUCAGGCGCCUGGAAAACUCGAAGACUUUUGGAGAUCUCCCGUCGGAAGCCUCCUCGGUUGGUGUUCAGCAACGCCCGGCCACACCGCACCGUCGUAUGGUCCAAUGUGUUUGAUCGCUCGGCCAGCCCGUACGCAGUUUUAUUUUGUCGGUCCAGGUUGACGUUGAAAGUGAUCCUCCGUAAAUAAGCAACCGACGGUGGAGCUAAAAGCCAGGAUGAAACGAGGUCUCCAAGAGAAUGAGCAGGAGGAAGGAGGAGGCCCCAGUGGGGGGUAUCAGAAGAGUAUCAAAUGGUCAACUAAGCAGGAUGGAGAGAAAGAACUGGAAGAGCAAGGAGCCAGCUGGGAGUGUUUGCCGCAGGAGAUCCUGCUUCACAUUUUCCAGUACCUCCCACUGCUGGACAGAGCUUUUGCUUCUCUGGUGUGCCGGGGCUGGAAUCAGGCCUUCCACAUGCCAGAGCUGUGGCGCUGCUUUGAGUUUGAGCUGAACCAGCCGGCCAGCUCCUACCUGAAGGCCACGCACCCGGAGCUCAUCAAGCAGAUCAUCAAAAAGCACUCCAACCACCUCCAGUACGUCAGCUUCAAGGUGGACAGCAGCAGAGAGUCUGCAGAGGCGGCGUGCAACAUCCUCUCUCAGCUGGUGAAUUGUUCUUUGAAAACCCUGGGACUCAUAUCCACAGCCAGGCCCAGCUUCAUGGAGAUGCCCAAGUCUCACUUCAUCUCCGCUCUGACGGUUGUUUUCGUCAACUCCAAAUCUCUGUCCUCCCUGAAAAUCGACGACACCCCUGUGGAUGAUCCCUCCCUCAAAGUCCUGGUGGCCAACAACAGCGACACUCUCAAGCUGCUGAAAAUGAGCAGCUGCCCUCAUGUUUCACCUGCCGGCAUCAUGUGCGUGGCCGAUCAGUGCCACGGCCUGAGAGAGCUGGCUCUGAACUACCACUUGCUGAGCGACGAACUCCUCAUCGCGCUCUCCUCGGAGAAGCACGUUCACCUGGAACACCUUCGCAUCGACGUGGUCAGCGAGAACCCAGGCCAGCAGUUCCACACCAUCAAGAAGAGCAGCUGGGACGCCAUGGUGCGCCACUCCCCCAAAUUCAACCUGGUGAUGUACUUCUACCUCUACGAGGAGGAGUUCGACCCUUUCUUCCGCGACGAAAUCCCCGUCACACACCUGUACUUCGGCCGCUCCGUCAGCAAAGACGUGCUGGGCCGCGUCGGGCUCACCUGCCCGCGUCUGGUGGAGCUGGUGGUGUGCGCCAACGGGCUGCGGCCUCUCGACGAGGAGCUCAUCCGCAUCGCCCAGCGCUGCACGCAGCUGUCCGCCAUCGGCUUGGGGGAGUGCGAAGUGUCCUGCAGCGCCUUCGUGGAGUUCGUGAAGAUGUGCGGAGACAGACUGAAGCAGCUGUCCAUCAUGGAGGAAGUGCUGGUUCCGGAUCACCGUUACGAGCUGGACGACAUUCACUGGGAGGUGUCGAAGCAUUUGGGUCGGGUCUGGUUCCCUGACAUGAUGCCUACAUGGUAGAGUUUGGUGAGGGGCUAAUUUGUUUUUUGUUUGGAUUUUUUUUUUGUGUACAGAUUCUUAUUUUUACUGGUACAACAGAAGAAGAAAUUAC